AUGUUGACAUUCCGGGGGGGUGAACAGGCGGCCACCGCUCUCGAGGCGAAUCUAAGCAACCUCGAGUCCAAGCUGGACGCCCUCCUCGCCGCAUACGAGCCCGCCGAGGCUACGGGGGAAGGCGGGAAGGACUCCGAUGCCGGGAAAGCUCCCAAGGAGACCUCUGAGGAGAAGGAGAAGCCUGCCCAGGAAUCCAAGGAGGACCCUCAGAAUGAGAAGAAAUCUUAG